AGAUCAUGUGUGAUGCUAGUGACUAUGCGGUCGGGGCCGUUUUGGGCCAAAAGGUGGGAAGAGCAUCUCAUGUGAUCUAUUAUGCAUCCACCACACUCAAUGACGCCCAACGCAACUACGCCACCACCGAAAAAGAAAUGUUGGCCGUCGUUUAUGCGCUCGAAAAAUUCAGGUCAUACUUACUUGGUACCAAAGUGAUCAUUUACACCGAUCAUGCGGCUAUUAGGUUCUUGAUGACAAAGAAAGAGGCCAAACCACGGCUGAUUCGAUGGAUACUACUCCUGAGCGAGUUUGAUGUUGAGAUCAAGGACAAGAAAGGCAUGGAGAACUUGGUGGCCGAUCACUUAAGCCGUUUGGUCUUGGGAGAAGGAAACAAUCAUAUCAAAGAUGACAUCCGAGGCGAAUUUCCCGAUGAGACCCUUUUCUCCCUUAAGGAAAUUCGUCCUUGGUACGCUCACAUUGUUAAUUUCCUUGUUCUAAACAGGUUUCCACCAAGCUUCUCUAAAGCUCAAAGAGAGAAACUCCAGCAUGAUGCAAAGCAAUACGUAUGGGAUGAACCAUAUUUAUGGAAACAUUGCAAAGAUCAAGUCAUUCGAAGAUGCAUUCCCGAAACAGAAAUUGCAUCCAUACUUGCUUUUUGUCACUCACAUGCAUGUGGUGGCCACUUUGGAGGAAAACGAACAUCCAUGAAGGUACUUGAAUGUGGUUUUUGGUGGCCAAGCUUAUUCCGCGAUGCACAUGUCUAUUGUCAAUCUUGUGAUAAUUGCCAACGCAUGGGCAACAUCUCUCGAAAGCAAGAGAUGCCACAAGUUCCUAUGCUCUACGUGGAGAUCUUUGAUGUGUGGGGAAUAGAUUUCAUGGGACCUUUUCCUAAUUCCCAUGGAAAUUUAUACAUUCUAUUGGCGGUGGAUUACGUAUCCAAAUGGGUGGAAGCAAAAGCCACAAAGACCGAUGAUGCCAAAGCAGUGACUGAAUUCCUCAAAACCCGCAUCUUCUCAAGGUUUGGGGUACCACGCAUCUUGAUAAGCGACAGAGGCACUCACUUCUACAACAAAACUGUGAGUACCUUGUUAAAGAAAUAUGGCGUCACACAUAAACUCUCCACCGCCUACCAUCCACAGACAAACGGUCAAGCUGAGGUAUCAAACAGAGAGCUGAAAUCAAUUCUUCAAAAGACAGUAAAUCCGAACCGUAAGGAUUGGAGCCUGCGCAUGGAUGAUGCCUUAUGGGCAUACAGGACCGCUUUCAAAACCCCAAUUGGAAUGUCACCCUAUAGACUCGUGUUCGGUAAGGCCUGUCAUCUUCCGGUCGAACUCGAACACAAGUCUUAUUGGGCGUUCAAAACAUUCAAUCUCGACAUAGCUAAAGCAGGAGAGCAAAGGAAGCUACAACUCCAGGAACUAGAAGAGCUUCGAUUGGAGUCCUAUGAGAAUGCCGCCAUCUACAAGGAAAAGACGAAGGUAUGGCAUGACAAAAUGAUAAUAAGAAAGGAUUUCCAAGUUGGAGACAAAGUCCUUCUUUUUCUCUCACGCCUUCGCCUUUUCCCCGGAAAAUUGAGAUCACGAUGGGAAGGACCAUUCGAGGUGGUCAAAGUCUACACCCAUGGCGCAGUGGAAAUAAAAAGCCUCGAUACCGGAAAAAUCCUCAAGGUUAAUGGACAUCAACUCAAACCAUUCCUUGAAGGUUUCCAGAAAGAAAGCAUUGAAUGCAUGGAUCUCAUCGAUCCAAUCUUUGAAGAAUGAACACAACAAUGGCGUCGUGCCGCGACGUUAACUAAGGUGCUUCUUGGGAGGCAACCCAAGCAAGGUACAUUUUUCUUUUAUUGUUAACCCCCCCUGUCAAUGUUUUCAAUUAUGUCUUUGAGAGGUUGAGAGGGAGGGCACUAAUCAUGGGUUUUUGAAAAAAAAAAAAAAGAAAUAAAAAAUUUUUGCAGGUUUUUGAACAUCUGGGGACAUACCCGAUCGAGUAUAACCUUAUACUCGGUCGGGUAUGAGCAAAAAAAAAAGGGACCGGGCACUACUCGAUCGAGGGAGCAUUCAAAAUUUGAAAAAUAAGCAAUACCCGAUCGGGUAUCACUAUACACCCGGUCGGGUAUCGCUAGAAAUGCUAAAAUUGAAGGGGACUGAUUCCCACACUCGACCGAGUACACGCUUCAAAAAUGAAAAAAAAAAGCACAUACCCGAUCGGGUAUGGAGGAAUACUCGACCGGGUACAGGAGACAGGCUGCUCAAAAAGUACAUUUUCUAAGCAUACUCGACCGGGUAACCCCACCAUACCCGAUCGAGUACAGGAGGCAGGCCGCUCAAAAACUUCACUUUCCAGCCAUACCCGACCGAGUACCAGCACAUACUCGAUCGGGUAUACGGGUCUUAUAACCCCAAAUCAGCCCCAAAACACUUCAUCUUCCCCAAAUUCCCAACCCCAUCUCGAACAAAAAACGCCCAAACCCCAUUUUUACACCUUCUCUCUACCAUAUCUCUUCCAAAUCUUCACCAAAUCCACCCAUUCCAACGCCAAAACACUCCCCUCAUCCUCCUCUACACAUUCAUACCCAACAAUCCCAUUCUCCCCCAACUUUCAGAGGUCCGAAAAACCCUACCCCACCAUCCCAAUUUCGGUUUUCAAAGGCCAAAAUCACUUCAAAUGGCUCCAAGGAAAGAGAAAGGGCAGAGCUCAAGCACUAGGACAAUCAUCCCGGGCUACGAGGACAUCCUUUUCGUGGACAACGAACAACGCACACGCUUCUUGUCCACAAUUGAAAGGCAAGUCAAACCUUCCCGCUUUUUAUGCCUUGAUGCUCUAAAGGAAUUAGGAGUAUACACAAUAAUGAAGAAAUUUUUUCAUGAAUUGCAUAUGGAUAAAAUUUUCAAAAUGAAAUACAACUCAAAUGAAAAAAUUAUCUAUGAAUUCCUAAGCUCGGUGCACUUUGAGAACAAUGAGGAGGACUUUAGAGAUGAUAAACUCAGGUUUCGAUUGUUUAAUCACAAUCACACCAUCACGAAACUUGAGUUUGCCGAACACUUUGGUAUUCCGGUCCCGUACCAAAAGUCUAUAUCCGACAAUACCGCCUUCGGCCACACCCUAUGGACCAAGAUGACCGGGGAGACCAAAUUUAGCUCCUCCCAACUAUACAUUAGUCAUGUCCAACAUCCAGUCCUACGCCUCUUUUUGAAAUUUCUUGCCAACUCCUUGCUUGGACGUCCCAACAACCAUCAUACAAGGAUGGGGGAUGUAUGCCUCAUCUCGGUUGCCUUAUUCCGUAUCCACGUGGAUUUCAACCUCUGUAAUCUCAUGUGGGCUCAUCUAAAGAAGGAAAGUGUGGCAAAGGGUGCUAUCGUAGUGGGCGGGGUGAUUAUGCACUUGGCCACAAAGUUCGGGUAUACGGAUGACUCUCCUAUACCCGACUACUGUUUAAUGAACAUAUCUUGGCUAGGCCACUCGGGCUGUACUUCUUUUUCACACACCGUUUAUGGUGAAGAAAGGCCCAAAAAUAUGUACAACUGGCACAUCCACCCCAAACCCCUCAAAUACUUCCUCUUGCCCAACCCAGAACUCCCCCAACUCCACUUCGAAACAGGCAGGCCGGAUCAACAUUACCUCUUCCCAAACGCCCUCCCACCACAUCUUCAAGAACCGGAACAGGAACUCCCCCAAAACCAACCCGAUGACGAGCCCUACGAGCAACUCCAUAGCCAUCCAACCAUGAGCCAUGAUUUCCCAGAACAAAGCCACAACCCUCCACCACCCGACUUCUUUCAACAACUUUUGGAGGGUCAACAACAACUUCUUACGGGAAUAGCCCAAAUGGACAACCGGCUCAACCGAUUAGAGGAAGAGCAAAGAGCCGGUUUUCAAAGAUUGGAGGAAGAGAAAAGGGCCGGCUUUCAACGUUUGGAGGAGCUCCGGGAGGCCGAUAGACACCGGUAUGAGGAAGACCAACAUAGGUUCUACGGGCCUAUGUACUCGUUUAUGGCACAGCAGGGAUCCUUCCAUACCAUGGCGAACCCUCCUCCACCACCCUCAUGGUAUGACCCCACUCAUUGGGGUAACUUUGGAGGAUCUGGCUCCGGUGGUGGAGGGUACGACGGCGGAGAUGGCGGGGACACUUACAUGGGAGAUGGUGGCCAAGGGAGCGGUUUUGGAGGGAGCUACUACGGAGGAGAAGGCGGGCACUAGGGACAGUGCGUGAUUCAAGUGCGGGGGAGACACUCAUGAUGGCACUCAUUGUAUCCUUAUGAAGAAUAUGAAGAUUCAAGAUAAAGAAGAAGAGAGGAGGAGAAAAGAAGACAACACUAGGAGGCCAUUAAACCCAAGAUGCUCUUUUGUGAUUUGAGUUCAAAACUCAUUUUUUGUAAUCCUUGGUGGUCUUUGUGUUUGUAUUAUCUUUUUGUUGAACUGUGGAACUUUUGGACAAACAUUGACACUUGUAAACAUUUGAUCUUACUCGAGACGAGUAAAGGUUUAAGUGUGGGGGAGUUGAUACGUUCGUAAUUUCCAUUUCUAUGUUUAUGUUUUUAAUUAGUUUUGCUUGACUUUUACUUUGGAAAUUACACACUUUUGGUGUAAUAGAUUAGAUUGUUAAAUUCUUGUAAAUAGGUUAGAUUAGACAUUUUCUGAGCUUAAGCAGGUUUUUGUCACCCAAAGUACAGUUGGUGAACCCAAAAAGUGAAGAGAAGGUACAAAAGUUCAAAGACAAAAGAAGAUCCUGAAUUUUGGUCUAUACUCGGUCGAGUAUUAGCUAUACUCGAUCGGGUAUUAGGUUGGAACUUCAAAUCGGAUCAGAUCCGAAGACAAAGGAACAUGCAGGGAAGAUUUUGGCCACGAUUCUAUGUCUAUACCCGAUCGGGUAGACCGACAUACCCGAUCGGGUAUGCCUUUAAAUUGCAAACGAAGAUCGGUCGAGUAUAGCCCGAAUACCACUUUCUAAGCAUACUCGACCGGGUAUUCAUAUAUACUCGAUCGGGUAUGCCUUUAAAUUGCAAACGAAGAUCGGUCGAGUAUAGCCCGAAUAUCACUUUCUAAGCAUACUCGACCGGGUAUUCAUAUAUACUCGAUCGGGUAUACACUUAGAAAAUAGCCUGAAACCGGUCGAGUAUGCCUCGAAUCGGAUGUUACACACAUACUCGAUCGGGUACCAUGUAUAUACCCGAUCGAGUACCCGAAUCUCAUCCCAAAAACCUAUAAAUACACCUCCUUUCCUUCACAAAAAGAUAUCCAAUCCCUUUGUACAUCCAAGCUCAGUAUAGAAUAGUUCUUUCUUUAUAUUUUUCAUCAUGUUUAGCCUCCAAAUGAGGAGCUAAACUCUUCCAUCUUGGUUUUGCUACUUUGAAGCUUAAUGAAUUUGUAAGUUGUGAGUUAUUUUCUUUAAUCUUCUUCCUUGAAUAUUAAUUCUUUCUUUCAAAAUACUAUCUCUAUAUCAAAG